UGCUUGGCAGUAUGGUCGUAAUUCGCGGUCGGCCAUCCUCACCUUGGUCCGAGGCAACGUCGCUUAAUCGCAGAGACAGUCGUCGAGCAGAUCAGGUGGUUCUCAACCCUUACUUUGCGCCGAGAAGCUUCAACAGGUCGUUCUUACUGCCUGUGCCUGAAGAGUGGUCACGCACCAACGAGAUCGUUCCGGGCCUAUCGCUCAGCGAGCAGCCUCCGCCUCCCGACCGACUAACACCCCUGGUUACCGGGGCGGCUGUCUUCGGCAUGGCGCUUGUCGUGCUGGCAGCUCUAAGCUACCAGUGCGCCGCGUCCUGGCGCUGGCUGCGCGCGCAUCGCGUUGUCUUCUGGGCGGAGGAGACCGCCGAGGAUGGCGAGGACGACGGCGAACGUGGAAGUCGUGCUCCGGACGGAGUCAAGCAGGCGGCCAUCCGCAUUUCGCACUCGUUGCCCGACCUAAAGCCGCCGCCCGUUCUCACACAGCAGUAUGUCCAGGAUAACAAGGAUAACAAGAAGCAGGUUCUGAGACAGACCACGCUUCCUUCGGUGCCAACACGUCACCAAACAUUCCAGAGGCAGUUGUCACACCGCCUCGACUUCGAGAACGUUCAGUUCAGUGUUUGCAAAUUGGAGCCGAAAAACGAAACUCACAUUGGUCUCAUCAAGCCGGAAUUGUACUCGAAAGAGUUGAUGCGUCAGGAGUCGGUCGAUAGCUCUGACAACGUUGAAAUGGAGUAUUGCGGCAAACUUCAUUUUGCACUACGAUAUGACACUGAGAUGGAUGCUCUUAUCGUCAAGGUUUUGGAAGCUCGAGAUCUGCCCAUAAAAGACAUGACAGGUAGCAGCGACCCCUACGUCAAGGUGUUCCUUCUGCCCGAUCGCAAGAAGAAAUUCCAAACCAAAGUCCAUCGGCGGAAUCUGGAUCCUGUCUUCAACGAGACUUUCAUUUUUAGUGUGAGCUAUGAAGACUUGAGGACCAGAUAUUUGCAGUUUUCCGUGUAUGACUUUGACCGGUUCUCCAGACAUGAUUUGAUGGGUCAAGUGGUUUUGAAGGGGCUCCUCGAUUGCACUGAUCUUCAGCAAGAAGUCGAAUACACCAUGAACAUACUUUGUCCUCCCAGGGACAAACGUGACUUGGGUGAGUUGAUGGUGUCCCUGUGUUACUUACCCACCGCUGGGCGUCUCACAGUCACCAUUGUCAAAGGAAGAAACCUCAAGGCUAUGGAUAUCACAGGAGCUUCAGAUCCCUAUGUGAAAAUCUACUUAGUUUGUGAAGGCAAACGUCUGAGGAAGAAGAGGACAAGCGUGAAACGUAACACUCUGUCUCCGCUCUACAACGAGGCUCUCACAUUCGAUGUCCCUUCUGAGAAUGUCAAUGAUGUCAGUCUUAUUCUCAAAGUUAUUGAUUACGACAGGAUUGGUUCGGAUGAGCUGAUGGGUUGCGCAGCGAUUGGUUCAAGUUUCAUCGGCACAGGUCGCGAUCACUGGCUGGAGAUGCUGGACAACCCUCGUAAGCCAGUCACCCAGUGGUAUCACCUGCUGGAAUCCGUUCCUGGACCCCUGGCCGCUGUCACCUCCUACAAGCCGGCUGCGCUUAGCUGUCUUAACAGCAGAUGAAAAAAGGGGAAAAGGUUCACCAAGAAGUGAACUGUAUAACUCCUCUUCUGCAAUCGACUCCUGAACGAGUUGAAGUAUGCAAGUUUCUUGAUGAUCUGUCUUGAUUCUCCCAAAUUUCAUGCUCAACGGGAGAAGUUUUUGGACUGCGGGCAGUCUGACCUCAUUGAUUCUGGAAUCUUGUGCGAUGUUGAUCAUCGGCUUGACGGUCGUUAUUGCUGGAGAAAUGCCAAUCUUAUCAUCUCUAUCAAUGUCUAGAUUAGAUAUAUGUUAUAUUGAUAAUCUGGAUAAUAAGUUAUACAUUUGGCGUUCAUGUCUGUUAUUCUAUCCAAACAGUACGGUAAGUAAUUUCUGUACAAAAACCAUCUUUCAAAAAAUGAAUGUUACUGUAGAUGCUUAUUUACGUAUUGUAGUCUACUUAUAACUUAAUAGCCUUUUCCAAGAUUUGACAAUAUUGAACUCUUGAAGCUGAUGAAAAAGCACUUCUAGGUUUGAUAAAUCAAUCAUGCCCGUAAUGAUUUGAAAUUUCACAAGAGCUUGAGUGUGUUUCUGGGUUUUGCAAUUUAAGAAACUUCAAGUUCUAAGAAGAACUACACUUGAUAAAACUCUGAUUAGUGACAGAAACAAUUUUAAGAUAUCAAUGUGGCAAAACUGCAGUGAACCCGUGUUGAAACAUUGAUUUUAGAUGUGUAGCCUGGUAAAUAUGAAGCUGCUCUAUGUCACUAUGUCAUAAUCCUGUAUUAGAAGAGUAACUGACUAACCCCAAAUUAAUAUACAGUAUGAAUAAUGGAUAAUACAUAUUAUUUCCGCCACAUAAAAUAUAGAUUCUACAACAGAAAUUAAAUGAUCACUACAUCAAAUAAGUGUGUCCAGUAUGCAAAUAUGCUAGUAAGUUUUGAUUAAAUAUGAAUAGUUCUAGUCAAGGCGGCUUACUGUUUCAUAGUAGCCAUUAAUGGAAGUACUAGAAGAUUUAAUUGUUCAUAUAGCUCAAGGCUUCAUAGAAUAUUGCUUUGAAACGUGUUAAUAUUGAACAUGUAGAAAAAUGUUAUGUUUUUUGAUACCUAACUUGUUAUGAAUAUUUUUUUCAUUGAUUUUUUUGAAAUUAGGCUAUAUCUCUAAUGGUAUGAUUCCAAAAUAAUUUGUAAAAUAACAAAUAAUUUCAUCCUACAUCCUACACUGUAUUCUUUAUUGAAUGACUAUUGUAACUGAAAUUAUAAAUAUCAUUAUUGAAACUCUCGUCUAACUGAUUUUUAAAUAGAUCAGACUAACAACUCAAUGAUAAAUCACUGUGUAUAUGUAUACUCACAGGUACAUGUGAGGGUAUUGUCGUAUCAAAAUAUUAUUAAUGUGAUUUAAUAUGUGCAGUAUUAUAAAUGAAUCAAGAUCAAAACCAAUAAAUAAAAAACGUCUAAUAAAUAUUGCAUAAAAUUUGUAUAGAAACUGAAAAUAAACUUUCAUCAUUGUUGGCUAUCAAGAACAGAAUAAUCUUGAGGUUAUAACAUUUAUUACAUUUGAACCUGUGCUUCAAUCUCUCAUAAUGAUUGAAUUUGUUUGAACAAUUUCAUCCACUCUUCGUUGUAGAAACUUGAUAAUUCAAUAGAACUCAAUUUUAUACCCAUCGUAUCACUUUUCUAUUGAAAAAAAAACUUCUUUCUAACUGGGAGAAACAUGUUUCAAUUUUGUAAUGAAACUGAAUCUGAACUGCCUAUCAACUUUCUAAAACUGAACUUUACAAGAACUGCUUUAAUUAAACUGCAAAUUCUCCAUCAUAAAUGAAACAAAAUAAUACUCAAAAUAUUCAUCAAAUACUAAUAAAAAAAUUAAGAUCAACUAAAAAACGAUAGAUUAAAAAUGAGAUAAUGUAUUUUUAUAAGGUUUUGUACUUAUCACUAAAGUGUGUGACUUGCUAACAAUAGAAUUUAAUAAUGCUCAAUGUUCUAAUAUAAUAUCGAUAUAUUUGUGACUAUUUAUGCUAUUGGUGUUAUGUAGCUUGGUGUAUUUUAUCCGCUAAUAAAUGUGUGCAUUGAUGUUAGUAGAGCAGUUAUGAACCAUAUUACUUUGUCUUGGAUUCUACACUUGUUGUAGGCUACUGUAGGUACGUUUUCAUAUUAUUAUAAAUAGAAUAAAUUUUCAAAAAGCACAAAUAAUUCAAGCAUUAGUCUUUACUAUUAUAAUAAAAUACUUUUGCAAAUCUAAUAACUACUGUUUCAGUGAACGUCAUACUGGACCAAACUUAAACGCAAUUUGUACCAAAAGAGAAAUAAAGGUUCUAGUGGACCUUUUGUGCAGAUUUAAUUAUUAUUAUGAUUAUUCUGAUAAAAAUUUAACAGUUGUGUUGAAAAUGGAAAAUAAUUUUCACUAAAGAAUUAAAGAGAACUAAAGAAAAUGGAGUGAAAUAUUCAUGCGAUAACUUACCGGUAAUAUUUCUUUCGCAUUACUCUUAUGAGCAAUCACCUAUAAUUUUCUAUUAUGAAAUAAAAACACAAAUAUAUCGUCAAAUUCUACAGUUUUAUUAUGGAACGGUUCUACAACAUCGACAAUGACUCAGUCGAAUUUUGUAUUAUUUCAAUCAUCAAGAAAUCUGUUCAACGUACAACAAUACUCCAUGCUCCAUGCAAUAUGGUAGAAUUAUUAACAUGAAAAAACAUAUAAGAUACAUAUAGAACUUUUAUGUAGAAUGCGAUUUCAUUGAGUAGCCCAUUUUCCCUGUGACAGCUCAGAUUUUCAUGUAGCUUCAUAGCUCUGAUGGACCUUUGAUUCAUUUCCUAAUCAAAUUAGGUCUACCUUAAUUUGGCUAAAAUUACAGAUAAACUCAAUUUUCUUGGGACAAUAACAAUAACCAUGGAAUAUUUCAGAGCAAUCAGAAACUUUGAUCGGUUUCCUAUCAAUAAUAAUAAUCAGGAAUAAGACUACAGUACUUUUGAAGCUUAAGGCAGGUUAAUUGUCUUUAAAUCAAUUAAUUUAAAAACGGGGAAAGUUAGUAUGCCAUGUAUCUUUCCAUACCAAUGAGAGAUUUAAUACUGGAACAAUUCUGAAGUACAGUACAGUAAUGAAUGAAUCAACUUAUUUUCAUCAACAUAUUUCCUGAAUUUUCUUUCAUGACAAAUAAAUAAAUUUAAAUCUAUGUUCAAACAUUGGUGAUUUUCAAAUAGUUUAUUUCAUCAUUGAUUUCAAAUAGUUUUCCAAUAAACAGCUUCACUUAUAGCACAAGACCAUAGAUAAGAGUUUUUUAGUUCUAUAAUUGGUGUUCCUUCCUCAGUGCCAAGAACAAAAAAAAUAAGACUCAACUUAUAAGAUUCAACAAUUGAAUUUGCUAUUGAUUAGAAGUUCCGUUGGGAAAAUAAUAUUAGAAUUAUUCUUCUAAUUUUUUUCAACAUAAGUGGAAUCUAGGACAAAGUUCAGUAAACUUAGUCAACUUUCAGUAAACUAUCCCCUCCCUGCUAGAUUUUAGUGUAUUACUAAAUUUUUUCAAUUUUUAAUGUGAAAAUAAUUUUAAUGAUUCAAAAUUGAAUAGAAAACAAUUCGGAUAGAUGAAAUGAAAUGUGGGAAUCGGCCUAAUAAUUAGAAAGCAUGCAGUAAUUGUUCAAUUAAUCAACAACAACAUCUACUGCAUGUUUAUUGAAUAACUGUAUUCUGAUAUGAAUAAAGGAAAAGAAAAACAAAUGAAUACAAUUAUUGUUUGAUACAGUUAUUCGAAUGAAUGAUACCAAUACCUACUGUUACUUUAUCUACUACUAAGUAAUAGUAGGUUUUGAUGAUACUCGAUUGAUGCAUGGAGUGUAUAAUAGGUUUUGACUUAUCAUACCUUCGGAGUUCCAUAUCAGACUGCAAUGCAUCAGAAUAUUGUGAAUAAAUAAUUUCAAUAUAGUAAAUAAUUUUAAGAUAGAAAGAAUAAUAUUGUGGGAUAUGUAUAGGCUACUGUAUAUCUAUCUAAAAAUUAACUGAAUUAUCAACAAAAUUAUAACAAAAAGUAGGCUAUUUUGAGUUAUUUAUGCUAAUAACAAAAACAUAUGUGUUUGAAUAAGAAUAUUGUUAAUUUAUUUGAUAAAAGGGGCUAUAAAUGUGAUUGAAGAUUGAAAUACUGCGUAUAAAAUCAAUAUUAAACUAUGAUCAUAAUGGAAAUACAAUGUAAAUGUGUUCUAUGAAAGCCAAUCGGAAUAGUGAUGUCUUUAUUGGCAUUACUAUUCAAGCCAUAAAGUCUUUCUGAAUAAGUGACUAGAAAAAUCAUUAUAGAAAUUACUUAUCUGAUAUAAAACUGUUGGAUUUGAUCUUUCAUAAUGAGUGAAAGUUUCAACUAUUACCUCCUAAAAUUAACAAGUAUUUGUUGAAAAAUAUUUUAAUUUUGAACUAAUAAUAAUAUUGAUGCAUUAAAUAGUAUUGUGUCUUAUAACUUUAUUACUUGUAUGAUUUAUUGAAUUCGGUAUUUUGAAGUAUAGUAAGUGUGAGCUAUCGUAUUUGAACUGAAUGGUUGUUUAUUUAGCUGUUUUACUUGAUAUCAGACUAAAAUAACGUUUGCAUGCCAAAAAAAGGUUUCAACUAGAAUAUUAUAAAAGUAUGCAUUAUGGUGGACUGUCUGGUUGUUGGUUAUCUAUAAUAAAAUUAACUUAUAUUGAAAAGUAUAAUCCCAAGUAAUAUUAUUUGUGACUAGUAACUGUGUUAUACAUUCUCAAAGACUACAGGUUGUAUUUAUCUUCCACCAUUGUGGAGCUUCGUAAUAAAUUACAAUCCAACAGACAACCUGUUAAAUUUAUGAAGAAUCAUAUUGAUAUACAUUAUACAGUACUAAGAUGUCUGAUAAAAUUAAAUAUAUAUUACAUACAUGUGAAAAUAGUCGACUAUAGCAGAGAAAUAUUUAUGUAUUAUAUUACAAUAUGGAAGUAAACACUCUGUAGAAGAGAUUCGUCUUAGUUUUUUGUAUGGAUGUGCCUAAACCUUCUAUUUGAAACUUAAACUUAAAUGUGAUAAUGUCAAAUUCAUAAGCUUUGUUGUUUAAAUAGAAUCAAAAUAGUUCAUCAUUGUGUAACAGAAAUUUUAAAUGGUUGAUGUUUUUGAAAUUCUAAUGAAGGAAUAUUCCACUUCUUCCUCCCACAAUGUAGGUAUUGAUAUUUGAAAAAAACUUCAAUAAUUGUUGGAAUAUUGUGGAGCUAUCAUCAUCAUUAUGAGACUCAUGAGAAUACAGAUGUACAAACUUAAUGUUGCUUCAUUGUAAAUGCGAUUCUAUAAUAUUUUGAUGUUAUCUUUCAAAUUUAUUCGCUUCAGCUAGAUAUCUCUAACAAUUGAUUUAUAAGAAAUGUGUGUGAAUAUAAUAUAUUGUAAUUUUGUACAUUUUGCUUCAAUGUGUUGCAUUGUUAAAUUCUAAUAGAAAGUUUUUGUUCCUAAUAAUGUAUAAAAUGGAAUGUAUAUUAUACUUUUUUAUAGAA